AUGGGAUCUUUGACAGCGUCUCCUGAGGAAGUGGUGCUGGGUGACCUUGGUGACCACGCCAUCGUAUCUUUCAGGUGUCAUGAUCCUAGCUCAUACUCUGGAUCAGCACAAAUCGUCUUAUCCUCUCUUGUGCAAUACACCGACUCGCUGGGCGACAGCGAGGUCGCUGCCCUGCAGGAAGAAGUCGAGAACUAUGGCCGGAUACAAUUAGACCGAGUUCCCCUACUGCUGCCCAGGAAGGGCCAGGAGAACACUGGCAGUGUUGCUAAUCGCUUCAAAGAUACCUUCACCGAACUCCGGGCCUUCGAGAUCUACAGGCUUGGUUUCACGCGAGCCGUCUUUCUGGAUGCUGACGUGGCCGUUUUCCAGAAUCCCGACGACAUCUUCGAGUGCAAAAUCCCAAGCCAAGACUGGAUUGGCGCCAAUCACGCCUGUGUGUGUAACCUAGACCGUGAUCUCUGGGCUCCGUCUGAAUGGCACAAGGGCAAUUGUGCGUACACCCCGUUGAAUCGCCCUGACGAAGUGGCUCCAGAGAUCACGCUGGAGAGUCGACCCACAUAUCAUCCCUUGAACAGCGGCAUGUUUCUCUUCUACCCUUCCGAGCAGCUGUGGAACAGCAUGCUUCAUUUCUUCCACACCAGCGACCAGUUGAAGAACUAUCAGUUUCCGGAUUAG